UUUUGGUUAGUUUUAGUUGGGUACCAGAAGGAAGCAUCAUAAACGACAGGAAGCUAGCAGUAACAGUCGCUCGAAAUACAGAGAAGCGCAAGAGCAUUUGCCAAAAUUGCCAUGGAAACAUCUUCAUAUUCAGUUCUUUAUUCCCUCCGUUUCUCAACCACCAUAACCAACUCUAACAAAUUCUACUAUAGAAUUCCACCAAGAAGUAAUUACAAUUUCAGCUUGGGUCCUUCAUUUUCCUUCACUCCCACUCGGAAAUUCAAUUUUCUGCGAAAAUACUUGCAACCCAGUGGGUUCGCUCCAUUUUGUUCACCGCCUAGCUCCCCCAACCAAAACCCCUCUCCAGAGUUUGCUGUUCUUCUUGAAGUUGAUGGGGUCCUUAUGGAUGCAUAUCGCAUAGGAAAUCGCCAAGCCUUUAAUAUAGCAUUUCAGAAGCUUGGACUUGAUUGUGCAAAUUGGACUGAACCUGUCUAUCUAGAUCUCAGAAGGAAGAGUGCUGGUGAUGAGGAAAGGAUGCUGAUUUUAUAUUUUAAUCAGAUUGGUUGGCCUACUUCUUUGCCCACAAGUGAGAAGGGCACAUUCAUAAAAAAUGUUUUGCGAGAAAAGAAAAUUGCAAUGGAUGAAUUUAUGAUGUCAGAAAGUUCACCUUUACGUCCUGGAGUAGUAGAUUUCAUUGAUGAUGCAUCUAAUGAUGGAAUACCUGUGGUCAUUCUGACAGCAUAUGGUAAAAGUGAGGAAAAUAUUGCAAGAUCCAUCGUAGACAAGCUUGGGCAUGAAAGAACUUCAAAGAUAAAGAUUGUCGGGAAUAUGGAAGUGGAAAAGAGUCUAUAUGGCCAACUUGUGCUUGGUAGUGGAUUGUUGUCUGGUAUUGAUGAGGAGCUAGCUAAGGAGGCAAGAAAAGCAGUUUCUGCUGAAAAACAAAAGAUAGCUGAGGAGGUUGCAUCAAUGCUGAAGUUGAGUGUUCAGAUUGAUACUAGUUCAACUGAAAGCCUUGUGAAGAUCGUAGCUGCAUUGCGUGCUGCUGCAGAGUAUGCUGGGGUGCCUGUCAACAAUUGUGUUCUUAUUGCUGGAAGCCAAUCUGGAGUGGCUGCAGCCGGGCAAAUUGGCAUGCCCUGUGUUGUCCUUCGGAGCAGUUUGACAUCUAGAGCUGAGUUCCCUUCAGCAAAAGCUGUAAUGGAUGGUUUUGGAGGGACAGACCUGACUAUUUCAAAACUGCGGGCGAAGCUGUAUUCAUGAGUGCUUUUUGUUCUCAUCAUAUCUGAGCUGUAAUUUCUGUUCCAAAGCUUAAUAAAUAUUUGAACAGACUUGGGGAAACAUAACGAUGAUUGUAUAAAUUUUUGUUUAUACUAUUUUGCAAUAUUUAAGAUCUAAAUUUCGCUUUUGUAGGGACAAGUUGCAUCUCUUAUUUUCUCUGAUGUUUGUAUAACUUUUUGUAUUGAGAAAUCUAUUUCUCCA